AUGGCCGAGAAGAGGGAAAAGGCUCUUCAUGAGCUCUUGUCGAGGACAAUGGUUGACAUCUACGUCGGUCCUGAGAACACACAUUAUAUUCUUCAUGAGAAACUGCUCUGCUACCGAUCGCCUUUCUUUGCCAGUAUCUUCUAUGAUAAGAGUAAAGAUGAAGGUAGGAGCAAGGAUCUUGGUCUUCCUGACGAUGAAGAAGGUCCCUUCAAUAUGUUCGUUGGGUGGCUCUACAGUGGCAUCCUUCCCGUUCCGGAGAAGGAGCAAGACCUUGCCGCGCUCUUCGAGGUGUACCUCAUGGGCGAGAAGUGGUCCAUCGAUCGCCUCAAGGAGACUGUCGUUGAGACAGUGAGGACCUUCUACCACAGCACUGGGACGUACCCCGGAUUGCGCCGUGUUCAGUACAUUUAUGCCAACACUGCCGAUGGUUCUCCUAUGCGACAACUCUUUGUUGAGAGCAUUGCUCGUUUCCUAACGCUGAGCGAAGAGAUUCCUCAGCACUGGGCCAAAGCCUUGCGCAACAAUGGCCCUCUGGCUGUCGAUAUCAUUCGAGCCAUUCAUGACUGGCACAUCGAGUCACGGAGCGUCCCUGACCCAAGAGAGGCCUCUGUUGAUCGAGGUCGUUCGCCAGGAAAUAUUAAGCUCAAUGGGCAUUUCAACGGCGACGUGGCCGGCCAUGACAAGCCCAAUGGACGCAUUGAAGUUGAUGAACAUAUAAACGGAGACAGCCAAACCAAUGGUUUGAACGGGAUCGAACACUCUUGA